GUAUGACAUUUGUGUUUUUGCAGUGUUUUCUUCAAAUGUUUCAUUUCGGCCGCAUAGUUUUUCUUUAAAAAAUUACAAAAUUUUCCGAUUAAAUAAAAUUUUUAAAUAAUAUUUUUAUAUUCAAAAGCUACCUUAAUCUAUUAACUAAAUAAUAAUGGCAAUGUUAGCAGGACCCCGUCAAAAGAAACGCUACAUUCUAACACCAAAAGGCAAACCUCUAUUCGAAGACAAUGAUCGUUUUGGAACAAAAAUGUUAGAAAAAAUGGGCUGGUCCAAAGGCAAAGGCUUGGGCAAAAGUGAAAAUGGCCAACAAGAUUUUGUUCGUUUGAAAUUCAAAGCCGACGAUCAAGGAUUUGGUUUUCAAGAGCGCGAUGAUCAAUGGACGGAACAUGAGAAAAAUUUCAAUGGUCUUUUAGAGAAUCUAAAUAGUGGCAAUAACUCGUCGGCCGAUAAUGAUGACAUGACACCGGCUGUAGGUUUGGGAUUUGCCACAUCAAACACUUCUGACAAAAAGAAGAAACUAAAAGAAAAGAUAAGUGGACAAUCUUUGGAAGAAAGAUCAAAACAAAGCAAAGCUAGGGUACAUUAUAAGAAAUUCACCAAAGGCAAAGACAUGUCACAAUACAGUGAAAAAGAUUUGGCCAAUAUCUUUGGUAAAAAAGCCACUCCAGAGGAUGCAAAUAUUUAUGAUCAAUUUCAAGCUUUUAAUCAAAGAGAUGAAGAUGUGGAAUUGCCAUCUGGAACUCCAAUUAUUAACACUGGCAUUUCUGUAAAUGAUUAUUUCAAAUCAAAAAUGGCUGCUUUGAAAGAAAAACAAGGCAUUGAAGUGUCGCUUAAUCCAUUUGGUGGCAACACGAGAAUAAAGAGAAAACAAAGCGAUGACGAAGAAGCACCAGACGUCGAAGAGGAACAUGUUCCCAGGAAGAAGAAGAAAACCAAUCAUGUCGAGGUUGAGAAAUCCGAAACAGCAGAACCAGCAGCGAAAUCUGGAGAAGAGCAGGUUCCUCGGAAAAAGAAGAAAAGUAAAAAACAGUCAAUUGAAGUGGAGGAGUCGAACAUUGUUGAGGAAACACCUGAAUCUGAAGAGCCUCCUAAGAAAAAGAAAAAAGACAAAAAAAAGAAACUGGAACUGGUAACAAAUAUAGCCGAAAAGAUUCAGAAUCCAGUUGAAUCCAAUUCAGAGGAAUCAAAUUCGUCUAAAAAGAAGAAGAAAUCGAAAAAGGAGAUUGCCAAUGAAGAAAUCGUCGAAACUCCUUGCAUUCCAUUGGAAGACCAAAUUCAAAAAACCAAAAAAAAGAAAGAUAAGAAAGAUAAAUCUCUUCCAGAAGAAGCAAAAACCGAAAAAGUUGAAGAAUCCACAAGUCAAAAUACCGCCGAAGAAAUCCACCAACAAGAAGAAACUUCCAAACCAAUAAAAUCGAAAAAGAAGAAAGAUAAAGCUGAAGUAAGUUCACAUCCAAAUGAAUUGACUUCAUUAACAAAAAAAAAUCCCUAUUUAAUUGAUAAAUAUACAAUUUCUAUAUUUUGUGCAGAAAAAUUCCGCAAUUUAGAUUUUGACAAAUAUCAAAAUUCAAAUUUACCAAAUUUAAUUGGCUACGGACUAAGUGAAACUCUAGAAUUGGAUGUAAAAAAUAUUGCUAAAGAUGCUGAACGAAUAAUGAAUCUAUGGACAGGGAAAUCGGAUAAAUAUACGGAUAAUAAAAAAUCGAAACUAAAAUCUUAUAAUAAAUAUAUGAAAAAAGUGAAAGUAGCAAGAAGAACGCAGCAAAAAAUACCAACAUUACAUUUUAAAAGUUUAAAACGUAAAAGUGUAUUUUAAUAUUUUGUACCUUUUUUUAUAUGUUUA